UGUUUUUCCAGCCUACAGCGCAGACCGCUCAGCUUUACCUGUUUGAAGGCUUAAAGGCGCAGGGAUUUCGGAUGGCGCAGGAGAGACAGCAACCCAUCGGGCUGCCCGCCCCAUGCAUCCUUGGCAUCGAUCUGGGUACCACAUCCGUCAAGGUGGCCCUGGUGGAAAAAACGAACAGAGGCCCGUCCCUGGUCGCCAGCUGUACCGAGCCCGUGCAGGCCGAUGUGCCCAUCAGAGAUGCUCAGUUGCGG